AGCUCAUCCCUACUUUCACGUACCACACCUACAAAUCUUGGACUCUUCCAGCAAACAAUAGCAUUCGUUCCGGGAUUGAGCGUCUCUAAGCUGAGACGGUCGCCAUUUUUAUAAACUGUGGAGCCGCAGUUAUUUUCUUGCUGUUCUGAAAGCGAAGAAGCUGUGUUAUCCUAAAGAAAAAAUUGUCUGAACCUUUUGAAAGAUGGAAGUUACUUCUACGUCUGCUGUAUCUGAAGGUACACCUGCUCAAUCAGAAGAAAAUGUUGUGGAAAAGUCUUCAAAAGAUGCCACAGAAAAUGUUGCUGAGUCUCCGAAAGAUGCCACAGAAAAUGUUGCUGAGUCUCCGAAAGAUGCCACAGAAGGUGUUGCUGAGUUUCCGAAAGAUGCCACAGAAGGCAUUGCUGAGUCUACGAAAGAUGCCACAGAAGGCGUUGCUGAAGACAGUAAGGUAUGCUUCAUAAAUUUUCUUGCAUAUUAUUUCAAUUGAACAUUCAGAAAAAUU